AGUCGAGACUGAAAGAGUGAAAAACACAAACUAAACUAUGAAGAUUAAGACAGGAAGACAGGAACCAGCGGGAAACAAGGGAGAACAUGAUGAUGAACCGCUUACUCCAACGGCUCGUUUGUUUACCGCGCCGGAGUUCAACUGCUACAUCACUGCGGUGAUUGGUUUAAAGAGCAAGAUCAAACGAGAUGUGUUUAUCGAAGGAUUAGAGCAAACUUUGCUUAAACAUCCACGUUUCUCCAGCAUACUGGUGAACGACAAUAGCCAAGAACAAAAAUGGGUUCGAACGAAGGUGGUGGCCGAGGAUCACGUCAUCAUUCCCAAAAUCGAACUAGAGAACGCAAACGCAGACGCUUUUCUGGAGAGUUACGUCUCUGACCUCACUACAAUCCCGUUGGAUACCUCGAAGCCAUUAUGGGAAGUUCACUUACUUGACUUAAAAACAUCAGACGCUCAAAAUGUCGUCGUUUUAAAGAUUCAUCACUCGGUCGGUGAUGGUAUGUCUCUAAUGUCUCUAGUCCACGCUUGUACGCGUAAAACAUCAAACCACGAAGAGCUCCCGAGUUUACCGAACGAGAACCGGCUGUCAUCAAAAUCAAUGGCCGGUUAUUCCCGGUUAAUAUGGAUGGUUAUGUUGGUUUGGAAUACCCUUUGUGAUGCAUUGAAGUUUAUUGCUACGACAAUGUUUCUUAAGGACACUGACACACCCAUCAAAGGCGAUUUCCGGUUAAGUAAAGCGGAUGUGUUUGGUUCAUCGUACCAGAAAUUUCCUAGACUUUUUAAUCGUACCGUAGAUCUUGAAGACAUUAAGCUCAUCAAGAACGCCAUGAAGAUGACCGUCAACGAUGUAUUACUUGGAGUAGCUCAAGCUGCUCUCUCGGAGUACUUAGAAAGAAGAUACGGUGAGAAGGAGAAGAAAGCAGGAGAACACGAAUCUAAAAGGAAUUCAAGUAAUAUGCUUAAAGAAAUAAGGCUAAGGGCAUGUCUGCUUGUAAACAUAAGACCUACUACUGGAGUUCAGGAUCUAGCUAAUAUGAUGGCUAAAGGAUCUAAGUGUAAAUGGGGAAACUGGAUUGGCUAUAUGCUCUUUCCAUUGUCUCUUGCGUUACACGAUGACCCUUUGGAACAUCUCCGACGAGUCAAGUCGAUCAUUCACAGGAAGAAGAACUCGUUACAAGUUUUGCUAACCUUCACCUCUACUAAAAUCCUAAUAAAAAUGCUUGGAGUUGUGGCUUUGACGAUGCAUUUUCAAAGUUAUAUGAACAAGAUGACUAUUUAUUUAACCGUGGAUCCAACGGCCAUUUGUGAUCCUCAUCAGCUAUGUGACGAUUUGGAGGAAUCUCUAAGAAGCAUCAAAGCUGCUGUCCAAGAAAGAAAUGCUACUCAAUAGUU